AUAAUGGGCUUGGAUUAUGAUCGUCCUCUAGUAAAGUGUUUGGAUUCUAUUCCUCCUGAUAUGAGAAUAGGCUUCAGUCAUGGGACAGGUGAAAGUGAAUAUGAGUUACACCUUGAUGUUCACCCCCUCCUGUCAGUUGACAACCUCAAAGCACCACUGGCAGACCAGCUCAAGACCGCCAUCUUCCUCUUCAGUGUUAUAUCAAGUAGAAUGAACUUUGUUAAGACAGAAGGAGCGUCAAUACAGAAAGUUCUUGAGAAGUUGAUAGGCAAGUUCAAAGAUGAAAAGGAGACCAGCGUUAACAUACAUGGGGUGCGGCACAGCGUGGAGCUCUUGAACGUUCAGCAAGUGGAGCAGGCUCUUCUUAUUGUUAAGGACAUUGUCGCUUUCACGCUCGCACGGAGUAAUGCUCUGAUGGAGUAUAUUGUGGCACAAGGAGACAAGGUUGACAUGCAAGUCUCAAAAGAUGACCCAGAGAAUCCAAAGGUUAUUAUUUUUUCAAAGAAAUUACAGAGUUCAAAGAAGCAGAGGUCUGUGUAAAAUUAAUCUUGAAGUAAAGAUUACUUUCUGAGCAACAGUUUCUGGGGGUGUUCUCGUGGGAAUUUAAUAUCAUUGUAAUGCUAGGUUAGUCAGGGCUGUCAUAAGUUUUGAGUCAAAUACUGUAGCCUUGAUCUUUACACCUGUAACAAACUUGUUACCUUUUAGGUGAAUUGUGUCAACUAUUGUACCAUCAAGGGCCCACAAAACAUAUUCAGUCAUAACAAAUGUUACAAGUGAUGGCACUUAUUGACAGCCCUGUAAGUUUCCUAGACUAAACAGUUUUUGUCCUUAGCUUAAGGUAAACUUUUCUUUGAUUAUUUAUAAUGAAUUUUGCUUUCCUGAAAUGUGAUUUGAAAUCAUUGGCCUAGUGUCCAAACCUUUUAUGUCCUUUGUAACCCCCCAGGUGGGUAUGUCUACAAGGGAAGAGUAGAAGGUAGUUAGAACACGGGAAAAGGAAGCAAAGAUUGCCUUUGAGAUAAUAUUAUUAGUAUGCAUUAUAAAGAAGUUUACACUUAAAUAUAAUGGGCUGGACCCUGAAGAGACAGUCUUCCAUCUAAUAGCAUGCUCAAUUUUUCCUCCACUCAAAAGACCUUUGAGAUUCAACUGGAAAUAUUCCAUAAUGUUGACACAAACUCUACAGAGAACCAUGUUGUGUGCCUGUUUAGCUGUCCUUAGAUUACAAGUUAUGUUGAACCAAUCAGUCAUCACUUUGCUUAAACAUGUUGCACCUAAGAGGUUAGUGUUAGUGCAAUCAAAAUAUGAGCAUGUGUGCAACAGAAAAAGACCAUUAUUAUAUUAGUCAGAUACAUAAGAUAUCUCUGUAGAGUUACAUAUUAAGUUAUCAGUAUGGAGACUAAUUCACAGUUUUUACUUGAUGGGGAAGAACAAAUUUAAUGAAUCAGCAGUUAUAUCUGGUCACUCAGUCUAGAAGAUUGCCAGAUCCAAAAGCUACAUCAUGCCGAACGCUCAUCUUGAAAAAAGUAAGCCUAAGUUUUUCAUGCAGACAGUUUCUCCAUUGUUAACCAUCUUAUCCAUCUACCUUUUGGUAAAGUUUUCUUUAGGUUUUUUUCAAUUUGACAGUCUAGUUUAUUUGGAUAUUGCAAUAAAUAAGUAUCAUUCUCUUUGAGUGUUGAAAAAUAUUUCACAAAUGAGUGCAGCAAAAUAGUGAAAUAUUUUCAACAUCAGAAGAAAAAACAUUGUAUCUGCAAGCAGCCAGAUAAUGUUCUAUAAUUUUAUUAUGUAAACACCAGUGGAAUACCAAACUAUUUCACUUCUGCUGCGAAAAGCUCACCUGGUAUUUCUUUGGUGUAAUAUAGUAAAAUAGUGCAAUUCGUAGUGACAGCAGUUCUUCAAGAGUUCAGGUUAUUUUUUUUUUUGCAAUGACUUCUGUGACCAAGAGCUUUCUCGCAAUAACACUACCUUUACAGUAUACACAUUUUUUAAAACAUAUUUGAUAAUUGUGCACAUUUUGAGGUCUUUUACCCCCUUUUAGCAUUUAUAAAGUGGCUGGUCCCUUGAAAGGUGCGCUGGUUGUGCAGCAAAAGUUGAAAAAUGUAGCAUAAUGUCAUUACAAUAUUAUUGUUUUUUUUUUCUUGGGGG